GUCUCAGUCGAUUAAACGUAUUUAAUUGCGUAUUUUCUGAUCAUUGUUUAUAAUUUUGUAUUGAAGUUAUCAGUAUAGUUAUUUGACCCAUUUAAUUGUCUGAAUCGUUUUCAUAAUUUUUAAUAAUAAAAACGAAAAUAAUUCAAAUGUAAUCAUGGCGAAUCAAGACUUUUUUCAAAGUUUUUUUCAUCCUCAAUGGAACGCAGUAUUAGAUACAAUUGGUGAUAAUCCCUUCAUGUUAUGGACCUUUGGUAUUACGUUAUUAUCAUCGGGCGUUUAUUGGAUAGGCGCUAUUUUCUACCUGAUACUCGAUCUGAUCGACAAACCUAAAUGGAUACAGAAUUACAAAGUGCAGCCAGGAGUGAAUGAACCUGUAGAAAUCGGCGCCGUUGUUAAGACUGCUAAAGUUGUGCUUCGAAACCAAUUUGUGGGAUUGGUACUUGCUUUCAUGGCAUAUCCGCAAGUUGUGCGUCGCGGUGCUGCGGAUACGAUUCGAGACGUACCGACAUUUAAUAAAUUUUGUUUGGACAUUAUUGUGUCAUUAAUUCUGAAUGACAUAUUUUUCUACUAUUCGCAUCGCCUUUUCCAUCAUGGUUGGUUGUACAAAAAGUAUCACAAGGAACAUCAUGAAUGGACAACGCCAAUAGCGUUAGCGGGCAUUUAUUGCACACCCACGGAACAUAUCUUCUGUAAUAUUGUCUCGAAUACCAUUGGAUUAGUUGUCAUGCGAAGUAAUUUGUUUACGGCGUGUCUCUGGCUGACGCAUGCCAUGCUAAGGACUCUCGCAAAUCAUUCCGGAUACAAAUUUCCCUUUUACUACGAUCCACGAAGUCAUGAUUAUCAUCACCUAAAAUUUAAUAGAUAUUACGGCGUUUUGGGCAUAAUGGAUUGGAUACACAAAACUGAUGUCGAGGAUAGUGUGAAACAAAAAUGGAAAUUGUAACUGUAACCAUAAGACUGUACAAAAUAUACCUUAUUGGAUUGUAAUUAAUAGGUUAAGCGUAAGAUACGUGCUAAUUUAGUUAAUUAAAUGAAUGAAUAUCGAAUUCAACAGUGAAGUUUGAUAAAAGA